UUAUUGGAGCCCUAAUUAGGAAGAACACUCAAUCAAUCAAUCCUCCAUUCUCUUUCAAUCUUCUUCCAAUUGCCGUUUUUCAACCUUCACUUUCUAACAAUGGAUGGGGUGAAUUCCCCUAUCAAAAAUCAGGACGAUGAUCAUACCAUCUCCAAUCACAACACCGUCGACGAUGAGAUUUACAGUAACGGCGUCGCCGAUCGAAUUCCACCAGAAGAGGCAGACAAUGAAGACUUAGCCGUCACUGGAACCACUUCGACUACAACUCCAGAUACGGAAACUGAACCCUUAACCGAUGUAAAAGUGGAGAUUGUAGCUUCUGAAGAUCUAUCUGACGAGGAGGUAUCUGGAGAUCACAAGCUUGAUAAAGCUUCGGAAGAUGAAGAUGAUGAAGACGAAAACCCUUCUCUAAAGAGGCAGAGACAGAUCUCUUCGACGACGUCGGAAAUGAAUCUGGUUGAUAGUAAAGUUGAAGACUUGCUGGAGGAGGAAGGUGCUGCAGAAGAACCAACACCAGAUAUUCCAGUAACAAAGGCUGCAUCAGCAACACCUAGUAACAAGAAGUCUAAGAAAAAGAAUAACAAUGUUUGGACGAAAUCUACUUCACGUAAAGGUAAGAAGAAAGCUAAGAACUCUAACAACAACCCCAAUACACAACCGGAUGAUCCUGUUUAUAUCACUCCUAUUCCUAGAUUUCCUGAUAGAAGUGAUGAUACGCCAGAAAUGAAAAUCUGUUUGUCUAAGGUGUACAAAGCGGAGAAGGUUGAAUUGUCUGAUGAUAGAUUGAGUGCUGGUAGUACUAAAGGUUAUAGAAUGGUUAGAGCUACUAGAGGGGUUGUUGAAGGGGCUUGGUAUUUUGAGAUUAAGGUUGUGAAUUUAGGGGAGACUGGGCAUACUAGGAUUGGAUGGACGACUGAGAAAGGGGACUUGCAGGCACCUGUUGGAUAUGAUGGGAAUAGCUAUGGUUACAGGGAUAUUGAUGGGUGUAAGAUACAUAAGGCUAUGAGGGAGACAUAUGGGGAAGAAGGGUUCAAAGAGGGGGACGUUAUUGGUUUCUACAUUAAUUUGCCUGAAGGAAGUCUCUAUGCACCCAAGCAACAAGAUUUGGUUUGGUAUAGGGGUCAAAAGUAUGUAUCCAAGGCUGAUGUUAAAGAAGAAGAUCCGAAGGUUGUACCAGGAAGUGAAAUAUCUUUCUUCAAGAACGGGGUAUGCCCAGGGAUUGCUUUUCAAGAACUCUUUGGUGGGCGUUAUUAUCCCGCAGCUUCAAUGUACACUCUUCCAAAUCAUCCAAACUGUGUUGUCAAGUUCAACUUCGGCCCUGAUUUUGAUUUCUUCCCUGAUGAUUUUGGUGGCCGUCCUUUGCCAAAACCCAUGAUUGAAGUUCCUUAUCAUGGCUAUGAAAGCAAACCUGAGAAUGGUGAGACAUGGUCUUAUGGUAGAAUGUCCCCAAUGCUGAAUAUGGUGAAAGGAGCAGAUGUUGAAAUUGUUAAAGAUGGAGAAGAAUCAUGUUAAAACUCAGAUAAUGGCCAGGAAUAAUCAGAAGGAGUAGUGGUGAACUAAAGUUGGUAUAUAUUAAUGGGUAAAACAACUUCACCCUCUAUUUUGUAAACUAGUAAGGAAGAUCUGGUUUGUAAGAAAGUAUAUAUUUUGGUGAGAAUGAGAAUGUUGUUGAAAUACUUGUAAUAAUUGUUAUCUAUUAGACCACAAGUUAUAUAAUGAAAAUCUCUUU